GUCUGUUAAGGCAGCUGGGAUACAAGCAGCAGCAGAACAUCUAUUGCAUUUCAAAUGCUUUUGCUUUCCUGUAAGCCUCAGAGAUUUAGUCAACUUUUCAUCAGCAUUUUUCUUCAGAAGACAGGAUACACCUUUUCCUCUUUCUAAAAGAAGGAACUGAUCUGCCUGCAAUCAGAAGCAACAGUUUUUGCUACUUGAUUUGUGAUACAUUUAGCGCAAGAAUUCUUCACCGGAAUUAUCCACUUUCCUUGAUGAUGAAGAAAAGCUUGUUCCCAGUUUGGCAAUGCAGGAGAGCUAGCUGCUAGUAUUAAAGCCUUCCCAACAGAGCCAGCCACUCACCGAAAAAGGAUACAGAUCUGAGUUCAAUUUGAUGACUCGUGGCGAAAAUAUGCAGAGCAACGUGACGACAUGCAGUGCCACCAUUGAUGAAUUCCGGAGUCAAGUGUACACUACGACGUACUCUAUAAUCUCAGUGUUGGGCUUAUUAGGAAACGGCUUUGUGCUGUGUGUCCUUAUAAGAACAUUCCAGGAGAAAACAGCCUUCCAGAUAUACAUGCUCAACCUUGCUACUUCAGACCUGUUGUUUGUGUGCACACUGCCUCUGCGGGUGGUAUACUAUGUCCACAAGGGCGACUGGUUCUUUGGUGACUUCCUAUGCCGGAUCAGCUCCUACGCCAUGUACGUCAACUUGUACUGCAGCAUCAUGUUCAUGACGGCCAUGAGCUUCUUCCGCUGCAUUGCCAUAGUUUUCCCCAUGCAGAACCUCAGGUUUGUAACUCGGAAGAAAGCCGUGCUGGUAUGCGGAGCCAUUUGGAUCUUUGUGACACUGACGAGCAUGCCAUUUCUGCUGAGUGGCUCAUACCUGGACAGUUCAAGCAACAAGACUAAGUGCUUUGAGCCCCCGCCAGCAGAUGAGAUGCUGAAGCUGGUGGUCCUCCAUUAUAUUGCAUUAUUUAUUGGCUUCAUCAUUCCCUUCACCACCAUCGCCGCCUGCUACACCAUGAUCAUAAGAACCUUGCUGAAAAAUUCCCUGCAAAAAAAGGAAGCGGCCCGCCGGAAAGCCAUCUGGAUGAUUGUCAUUGUCACCUUGACCUUCCUCUUGAGCUUCGCUCCCUAUCAUGUCCAACGCACGGUCCACAUUCAUUUCAUGAUGGAAAGGGGUUCACGUUGUGAGGAUACCCUCUACAUGCAGAAAUCUGUGGUGAUAACGCUUUCCCUGGCAGCUUUCAAUUGCUGCUUCGACCCACUUCUCUAUUUCUUCUCUGGAGGCAACUUUCGCAAAAGGCUUUCUACCUUCCGAAAGGGGUCGGCCUCCAGUGUGUCACAGGCACACAAGUUCAAGAUGUCCUUAAAGAACUUUGAGGAGGAGCCAGCUAAUGGGAAGGCACGAGAAGAGAUGGGCUUAUAGCCUUUGCAGAAGCUACCAGAAAAUCAUGACAGGGUGGGAAGUCAAAAGAGGUGGCACACUGCUUUCUCUUAAGUUAUGAACAUGAUGGCAACCUGGAACUGGCAUGACCUCUGGUGUCAUUCAGAUACCUCUGUAGCAGUCAUACCAAUCUGAGCUGCAUUAUCCCAUGUGUGUUGGUGGUUUAGCAGAUGUGUGGGAUGAUUUGUCAUAUUUAUUUGCCACAUUUAUGUCCCACCUUUUCUCCAAGCUCAAGGAAGUGUACAUGGUUCUCUCUCCUCCUUCUGUUUUAUCUACAGAGCAAACCUCCAAGGCAUAGCUGUCAACUUUUCCCUUUUCUUGCGAGGAAUCCUAUUCAGAAUAAGGGAAUUUCCCUUUAAAAAAGGGAAACGUUGACAGCUAUGUGAGUCCAAGGUAGAUUAGGCUGAAAGAUAGUGGCUGUCUCACAGUUGCCCAGUAACUUUGCAUUGCAAGCAAGCAAUCAAUCAAUCAAUCAAUCAAUCAAUCAAUCAAUACAUCCUGGACUGCUUGUGCAUUUGUGUCUUUUACAGCUUGACUUGCAAACAUGUAGCCUUGUGGAGGCAAUGCUAAAGAGUAAACAAUGGCUAGAUACUGCUUGUUCUAAGAUAAAGGGGCACACAGCACUUUUGAAGCACACACAUCCCACCCACUCCCCAAAAAUCUGGUCACUGUAGUUUACCCCUCACUGAGUUACAAUUCCCAGUAACACUUAUCGAACCACAAGAUUCUCUCCAAAUUAAGGGAAAUGAAUUAAUUCUUAAGUGUUGCAAAGUCACUAUCACAUCCUAGUGAUCUGAUUCUCAGAAAGAUCAUAGCUAUAAUUGGGUGAAGAAGGGUGAAGGUCCUCUGGAGAAUGGGAGAGGGAAUAGGUAUAGGAACCUAAGACCCCUGUUGGAUAAGGCCAGUGGCCCAUCUAGGCCAGCAUCCUGUCCUCAUUGUGGCCAACCAGAUGCCUGAAAGAAGGACCUGAACACAACAGCGGUCUCCACUGCUUAUGAGUCCUAUGAACAGGCAUUCAGGAACACACUGCCAUCAUGGUUAGUAGUUAUUGAUAGCCUUGUCCUCCAUGAAAUUCUCUAAUCCUCUUCUCAAGCCAUCGAGAUUGGUGACCAUCACUACCUUAAAUAUGUGCUGUGUGAAGAAGUACAGUGGUACCUCAGUUUAC